AUGGCAAAGACUCUGGAGGAAUUCGCUCAAUUAGAGCCACUCUGGGAUAAAGCGAUCCAAUCUCCAGCGGAAAUUUCAACCGAGGAAAAGCACCGAAUGAUGGAAUGGCCGCCUCGUGCGGAGAUGGAAGACACCACCCAGAAAGCCCUCGGAAUUUCAGUCGACGAACUGGUUCAAAAGGCUGCCACGACUCCAGAGUCUCUAACAUACCCGGAAUGUCGUCUGAUACGUGACAAUUUCCGUAUGUUGGGAUACAGGGACCUGAGUGAUCGAUGGGAAUGGCCGUUUAUGCGGCCCGAUCUUCAAACCAAGAAAAGGCAAGCAGAAGAGGCAGCCUUGCCAUCACUGGAGCGAGAGGCCAUUCGGAACUUAAACGAGGUCUUCUACGAGAAUGAAACGACAGAGCUUGGCGCAAGACAUGCAAAGCGAAAGCCACUAGUAUUCGGUAUGCCGCCCGAGUGGAUACAAAGAAUCAUCGACCAAGGGGAUGACAAGAGUUGGGGCUAUGUAUUCUACCAUCACAAAGAUAUAGCCGGAUGGAAGGAAUUUUUGGAGCUCUUUAAUAGCAUGCUCGAUAUGGGUCCAUUUCUUGAUGGGGCCACAGAAAUUAAAGAUUUCAAAUUGGCGCAAUUUAUCCUAUUCGAGACGGCAGAAAGUGACAUCAGCCAUCUGCGACAGGAUUUUCUCAGUCGGCGCGAGAGAGGCGAUUUAAGGACUGGAAUCCUCAAGAACGUGUUCUUCUUGUUAACAGAUGAAGCUCGACAAUCAUUUGCCACCUAUGGGGAUGAACAGUUUGUUGGUUAUGUUUGGGCGAUCGACCCUGAGUGGUCUUCUUCGGGUCCCGAUGGGGAUGGUUACGACGGCCGACUCAAAAUCAAUGCACCCCAAAUCUUCUGGCGGUUCUACGAGUUCAUGUCGAGCCCUGACCCCUCUUUUUCACUCAAGAAUAUUUGGCGUGACUUUCAUGCUGUCAAUACCGAAAAAACAUAUCCUAGAUGCUUUCCGGAGCCGACUGCGUGGCAUUUCACGAACCUUGAUAAGCCCGCCUGGCCUUUCAACUAA